GGACCAGCCUUGAAGAGCGAAAAAGACGGACGAUUUGUACUGAAAAUGGAUAUGGCUGCCGUGCACUCCUGUGAAGACGACCACACGAAUUAAUUUAUUUUAGUGUUUAUUUUCUGAAAAAUAUGUGAUAUUUUCAAGAUCAGCAAGUGUAUGGAAAGUUCACAUAUGCCAUUUAACUGUAGGAGUGUAAGAUGUCCACGAGAUCACAGCUAACGAAGGAUCUUAACGAAAGUGUGAAGGCUCUCUUAGGGAAACAUGUCAAAAUAUUGCUCAAGAAUGUUGUUAAAAUGGAGACCAAGGGAGACAAGACAGAAAACCGUGUCUUGGUCUUCUCUCCUUGUCGCCUCUUUCUUCUCACAGCCAAAGUCCCUACAAGGAUUGACUUCCACUUCCAUUACUUGGAAAUUCAAGCGGUUAGCAGUGUGAAGAAUAACCAGUUAUGUUUGACUGUACAUGACAAGGGAUACUCAUUUCUAACAUCUGAAGAACAAGGAACCCAGGAAGUUGAUGCAAUGAUUGCUGCCCUGGCUACUGCUAUGCGAAAUAUUUUCCCAACUGUGCCAAUUCAGCACAUAAUUCGAAAGAUUGAAGUACAACCUCCUAAACGAAUUGCCCACCUUCAGGAUGGAGAAAUUAUACGUGGAGCUGAAGUAAGGGGAAUGGGUCCAUGUGGAGGUUUCAGCACCCAGUACGCGUGCAUGUGUGAUUUUCAUGGGAUGCCCUAUCGUGAUGAAGUUGCCUGGGAUGUUGACACUAUAUAUCUCUCUCAUGAUACAAGGGAGUUGUCAUUAAAAGAUUUCGAUCACCUUGAUUCUAAGGAUUUGGUACCUAUUAUUAGUGCUUUGGAAUACAAUACUUGGUUCACCAAAGUCCGAGGAAGUAAUAUAUGCCUCACCCGAGAAGCUAUUGACCGAAUACUACAUGUUGUCAAAAAUUCUCUUAGUAUUGAAGAACUUUAUCUUGACUCUAUUGGUUUAAAAGCUGAUUUUGCUCAUAAACUGUCCAUGGCAUUGAUAUCAAACACAAACACUGCUCUUCAUACACUUGACCUUUCUAAUAAUAUGAUUGAAGACAAAGGUAUCAACAGUUUAUGCGGACUCGUAGCCAAACUAGCACCAGGUGCAUCUCAUUUAAGUGGUCCUCUGGCUAAAGUUCCCAAAGGUCUUGUCCAUUUAAAUCUUUCGAGCUGUGGACUUACAUCAAAGGGUAUUAACCAGCUUGCAAAUGCUUUAGCAGUGAACAAAUUCAUGCCCAACACUCUGACUUACCUAAAUCUGUCGAAUAACAGCUUAAAGGAAGACGUCACUAGUCUAUGCAAUUUUUUGGCUCAGCCAAAUGUUAUUAAGCACCUAGAUAUUUCAAAAACCGAAGUUACCCUUGAAGCAAUUUUUGGUGCACUUUUGAGAGGGUGUUCUACAAAUCUUGUUCACUUGAAUGUCUCCCACAACUUGUUUUCAACUAAGAAGCACAAGGAAGUACCACUCUCCUUUAAACAGUUCUUUACUAGUACUCUAAUGUUAAAGUAUCUUAACAUGAGUUAUUGUAAACUCCCUCUGGAAGCUUUGAAGAACCUGCUUUUGGGAUUGGCUUGCAAUGAGACAACAUCUGAUAUGGAGCUAGACAUGAGUUGUAAUAAUUUAGGAACUCAAGGAGCCCAUGUCUUUGAAUCUUGUAUUCAUGGUGUUCGGUGUAUUGGUAGUCUGGAUAUUAGUGACAACAAUAUGGAUGUUGACUUAGCUGGGGUGGUAACAGCAAUCAGCAAAAACAAGUCCAUCAAGCAUCUCAACAUUGGUCGCAAUAUGGCAAAUAUGAAAGCAAAGCAUAUUGUGACAGUAAUGGAAGCAGUUGUGCAAAUGCUGCAAGAAGAAGACUGUGUUCUUCAGACACUAAAUAUUUCUGAUUCAAAGCUGAAAUCAGAUCUUUUUAAUUUAAUUAAUGCUCUGGGCAGUAAUCAAUGUCUGCAAUCAAUUGAUAUAAGUGGAAAUAUGAUGGGUGAUGGAGGUGCCCGCCUACUGGCAAAAGCUCUACAAAUCAACUGUCGGUUGCGGAGCAUUCAAUAUGAUCGUAACAAUAUUACUCUUCCUGGCUAUUGUGACUUAGCCUAUGCCUUAGAAAGUAACUACACAGUCAGGUACAUGCCAGUACCUUUGAUGGAUUUGUUGCCUUGCAUGAAAGUCUCUGCAGAACGGACUGAUGCUGUUAUGAAACGAAUUCAAGACAUUGUUCACAGAAAUGUAUCUCCUAAAAAGUACAGCAAUGGGCAAGCAUUUAGACUGCAACAGGGUUUCUUGUUAAGUUCAACUCAACAGAUGGUCGAUCGAUUAGUUGUGCAGACCCAAGAAACCAUCAAAGUUCUUGCUCAAAGUGAGGAUUCUGCUCUUAACAACAAUCAUAUUAACCAUGCCACUGGACUUAUCCAAGAUGCUGAUAAUUCUAAACAGUUGUUGCCUCGUUUACAAGAGGUUGUUCAGAGGCGACAUGACAUCAACAAUCCUAUUGACAAGAAGUUGCGCAGUAUUUCAGAGGAUUUACAUACUACUAUAGUUGACCAUCUGCAGGGUACCCUCGAAGCUAUGAUGCGAUGUGCCAAUGAACAGUGUCCCACAGUUCUAGAUGAAGACAGAGUUCAGACUGAAAUUCGGAAAACAUGCAGGGAAAAAAAUCAACUUGCUUCAGAUUUUGUGCAGACCUGUGUAAUGGAACAAGCUGGAACUGAUAUUAUAAACAGGGUCAACGAGUUAAAUUUGGCAGCCGCUGCUCACAUGUCAGAUCGAAUAACUGAUGAAGUGAUUGAAUCUUUAUCACGGUGCUACAAGAACUUGGCUGGAGAUAAUGGAGGCAGGAAGCGUGCUUCAACUCCAGAUGUUCUCAGAACUCGGUGCCAUGUGAGCUCUGAUUCCUCUCGACAAGACCUUGCAGAGGUUUUCCUGGAUUCUCUCUCACCGUCUCUGGAUGAGUCACCUCUGAAGUUGGAAUAUUUGAAUCUUGCCACACCACACCUGAUGAACAAACGCAAGAGUCUUCAUGGCCGCAAGCUGCGCCCCAAGUCUGUAGUUGACAGUGUUGAUGGGCUAUCAGCAGACCACAUCCCAGAUCUUCUUCCAUCGCUUAAAAGUUCUGAAGCUUCUUCCUAUGCUACAGAGUCCUCAGACUCAGUUUCUGAGCUCCCUAAAUCAGUCGGUCAACAACUACAGCACCUCGUGAAAGGGCGACCACGCCGAGCCAAAACUAGGGCUCCUACAAGGCCCAUGUUAAGACCAGCUGAUUCAACUGAUACUUCUGACCUUGGUGAAGGACUUGAUACAUUCUUCCGACCGGGUUCAGUUACCCCUACCACACCCCUUGUAUCACCUACAUCUGAUGAUAGCAGCUCAACAUUCCCCAUUGAAAGUGAACCCGAGUCCAUUGACAGUGACAGAGAGCGUAGAAAUGGAGGUUUAAGUGUUUUAAAGGACAAGUCUAUCAAAAGCUCGCCAUUAAUGAAAGGAAAGACUAGUUUACUGGAUACAGUAUCUCGAUCACCUGACCUUCUAGAUAAGAACUCGCCCUUAGCAGGAAGACGACCACCUACUGCUGAAUCUCCUCUAGUGAAGAGAGGUCAAGAUUCAUCAGGAAAUGAUCCUUCCAAAACAGAUGUUCUAAAGACUUCAAAGCCUUUGGUUGUUGAUGUGAAAUCCCGACUAAAACCUGAUGAAACUGUGGCGGAUAAGCCAGCCUCUCCUACUGCUGUGCCUUCUGUGAGGUUACGUUCUACUGGCUUGGCAGACUCAUUGCGUUCACCUACCAAUGGCUUUCCGAAAACUGGUGCGGGUGUUGGGUCGAUUUCCAUUGAAACAGCACCUAAGUCUCCAAUUCUUAAAUCUAUAUCCAAAGAUGGAAAAAAUGAUUCUGGAUCUAAAGUUAAGGCCCCACCACCAAUUGCUCCAAAACCAAGACCUUGGUCUAUGGGAGGUGAUAGAAAAUCAGGUGAAUUUUCUGCUCCAAGUGAUGGAUCUAGUCCAAACACAUCGGCUGCAAAUACUCCAGAUUCAGGAGAUGCCCUUGAUGAGUCAACUGACUCAGGACUCAGCUCAGCAGGUACUAGUGGUGCUGCAUCAAGUCUUGAAAAGAAAUCUGUCCGAGAACUUGCUGCCUCUCUGAAUAAGGUAGAACCUGAUGCAAAAAGGAAGACAGAAUCAGAUGUAGCAAAUGUGCUUGGAGUUGAGGUUGGCAGUUGUAGUGGAGGAAGCAGUCCGCAGCCAUUUCAGAGAUCACUUUUGCGGAGGAGUCUGGGUAGACUGCCUCCAGUUCAUUCUGAGGGGAGCUCAGCUGAAAGCGUUCUGUCAAGCUGGAAAAAUCGUGCCAAACUUCGGACUGCAUUUGAGACUGAGCCUGGUGUGGAUGAUGUGGUUGAUGUUUAGCCAUUGGCAGCAAAGUCUACGUUAAUCUCAUUCUGUUAUUGCUCUUUAGCAAGUUGUUAAACAUAAAUUUUAUUCGUAAAAUUAAAAAAAAAAAGAAAAAAAAAGAAUGCCAUUAUGCCAUUGCUGUUGACUUUUGAGGAUUUUGACUUGUAACUUGUAGGGAAUGUGUGUGCGUGUGUGUGUGUGUGAUAGAGGGUGUGUGUGUGUGCGUGUGUGUGCUGAUGAGCGUAUGUCCAUAUGCCUGUGUAUGUGUGGUUCUGUGAAAGUCCUGAGAAGGAUAUAUAGAUGUAAUUGAUUGUAUGUACAAGGACUAGUCUGGGGCUGUGUGUUGUCAGCGUAGCAGAUUUUAUUGGCUGUCUUACGCUCUGUGAAUAUUUGCCUCGGCAGUGAUAGAUGAUACUUUAUAUCCAUGUAACUAUGCUUUUUUUUAUCAUUCAUUGUUGCAGUAUUCUUAUAUGUUUUCAUUGCUGUUUCUGUUUCUGCAUUUUUGCCUUCAGGUUCACUCCGGUCAUUUAAUUUUAGUCCCAGUUACCAUAAUCACCUAUCCAUUCCAUACAGUUCUCAAUCAAUAGAAGUUUGAAUCUUACAUAAUUUUCAUAAAACAACUUUACAGUGAAAAUUACUUUACUCUAUUACUUACUUGUAGAGAAGAAAAUAAUGACAACCUAUACUCCCAGUUUGGUGUGAUUAAGAAAAUGCACACCUGUUACUGUAAUUAAUUCUGUAGUCUUAUGGUGCUCAACUCCUAUUUCUUGCAAAUGUCAUUCCCAUCUACUUAGACGUUGUUAUUGGCUUAAAUAUUUGGAGAUCAUUUGAAAUUUCUUAUUUCGUACUCAUACAAUCAUUAUGCAUCUAUUUAAAGUUUAUCCUAGAAGUUGUUUAAUAUUUGUUCUUCAAACAAAAAUCAAACUUCUGUCUUCAAAUGUUCUCAUUAUUUGGAUUCUUUAUGAUACUUAAAAGAUAUAAUUAUAUUUAGUUUAUAAAAUGGUAAUUUGCACAAAAAACUUAAGAGGAACUCCAUGAUUACAAUCAAUUAUCACCAAAAAUCACUGCCAUCAAGCAUAACAGUCAGUUAUAUCUUCAGAUUGUGUUAGUCUUUCGUAAAAAGUUAAUUCUGUAUUGUAAAUCAUGAGAUACAUACUGUAUUUACUAGAAAUUUUAAAAUUAUGGCAUGUGACCUUGUAAGUUUGUAUUUAGUGAGAUUUCAGUCGUGACUUGGCAUUUAGCCUGUGAUGAUUGGUUGCUCAUUGUCACUACCACUAUGUUGAGAAUUGAGUAAAUCAUGAUUAUCUGCUGUAAUAUUUAGAUAUUUUUAUUUAAUCAAAUUUAUAUCUGGAAUUUAUUGGAGAUUUUUGGAACUAGCAAUAAUGACACCAGAAGGUAUUGGUCUUCUUGAAGUAUGGAUCAAAAUUUUCAGAAAUGAUUGGAGAUAGUGUAUUAUUAAUAAUGGGACAAUCUCAAUUAUGAUCACCCUAGUAAAACGUAAAAGUUUCAAAUCACAUUAAUUCUCAAAGUAUUUCUGCACUUCUACCAUAUUAUAUAUAAAGAUAUAAAGACCUCACUAAUUCAUUUACAAUAUUGAGUAGUCAUUCAACCCUUUUGUGAUGAUACUGGUGUUGUAUUCCUGAUUGCCCAAGCUCCUUCGUCAUUUUGUUCUUGUGAAGCGACUUUAGGAAGACUUGCAAGCUUCAAGUUUUGGCUCACUGUAGACCCUCUUUUCUGGUUCUGUGAAAAGCAUGUUUCUUCACAUUGCACUGAUUUCUGUGUGAUUUGUUUCAAUUGAGGGGUAGUUGUAGUUCCCAUUUCUUUCCAAGGAAUGUUGAAGUACUCAUUCAUGCCCACAUUCUCUAAGACUGGUUUCCCAUUAAGUCAUGGGUUUUGUUUGUUAAGUGAAAUUUGCUGUGUAUCGGAGAUUGCUAAUAUCUCAUUAGCGAAGCCAGAUUGGAAAUUAUUGUGCCAAAGAAUUAGAUAAUGUGGCCAAUACAUAACUGAUUACUAUUCAGUCUUUAUAAUUUAUCAACCUUAAAUGAACAUUGCAGUAGCUUGUAGGUUGAUCAGUAUAUGUAUGUAAUAUUUUGGAAAAGAUGAAGAUGAGUACUUAACAUGAGAGUCAAUACCGUUCAUUUAGUGGAUUAUCUGGGAUGCUUUUAAGAGUUGUUGGUUGCCAAAGCUUUCUGUUAACCAUAUUCCUAUGUCUGCGGAAUCUAGUCCGCUUUUCCUGCAGUCCAUUCCACAUUAUUAAGAUUUCUUUCUCUAUGAAUAAUUUUUUAUCUAUCUUCUCUUUUAAACUGUAUAUUUUACUUGUGGACUGUGAUUACCUACCAUUUCCAUUACUUCUGUUCAACAAAUAUUACUGUUAGCCAUCUUACCUUUUACAACUACCAUUGCCAUUGUAUGAUAAGGUACUGCUAUUGUGUUUAUAAAGUUGGGCUCAAACACUUCUAAAUUAAUGUAGCUCUCACUCAAUAUAUAGGCCUAGUACAGUACUUUGUUAUUGUAUACCUCUGUGAUUUCUAGUUGAAAGUAUAGCGCUUGUAAGAGUACAAGGAGAGCAGUCUGUAGGAACUAUUUUACUCCAUUGAUAACUGAUAUGUCAGUAGAUAAAACUUUUUCCUACUUCAGCAAGGACUUAAGUUGCAUAAUUUGUACCUACAUGUUUCCAACUUUGCGUUGCACAACUUAUGCCUUGUGACGUGUGUAGACUGGACUUAUGCUUCUUUUGCAUAAAUUCAUUGACUUUUUAUUCACCGGUGACCUUUCAGGUGUUUGUCUUUGUCACUUAAGAAAGCAUAAUCGUGAACCAUUACCUAUUUGUAGUUUGCCAUUUAAAUUAAGUUUCUUUUAAGGUGUUUAUUUUGGUUAUUUUGGAUUGAAAGUGAAGUUAUUAUGUUUGGUUUGCAAUGGCUUAUACUGUGUGCCAAAUAAUGUCAUUUCUUCAUGCUUGCCAUCACAGUAACUUGUACACCCAUGAAUAGACUUGAUUCUGCUAAACCAAGUUUCUCAUGUAACACAAGUUCCUGCAAUACUAAAACUUCCAUAUUUUUUUAAUGACUUAUAGGCAUUUUUGUUUGUUAUAUUGCUGUUCCUGUUGUUUCUAUUUCCCCCCUUUUUCUCAUUUGCAAAAGGUUUUUAUUUGCAAGAAAACUACGUAUGAACAGCUUGUCUGUUACUUCCUUUGUAGGCUACAUUGCGUUUUAUUUCUGAAGCUGUGCAGUGUCUUUCUGGACAGAAAAAAUCAUGUUUUGGAAAUAAUAAAUUGUAAGAGCAUACUUAAUUAUUGUGAAGCACUCCCUCUCCAUGAUCCCCAGAAAUCGUUGGUUGUUGAGGCCAGCUUUCUUCGUUGAACUUCCCCAAAGUGCGGCCACAACAGCGGCUUCUCGAGGUACAAAUGUCGUGGGUACGCUGUUAUUCUCUCGAGGAGUCUGCCACAGCGUCGAUGUAGCG